AUGAAAGACUAUUUUUCCGCUUUAGUGAAGUUCUACUCAACUUACUCCGAGGCAAUCCCUGCGCCAGAUGGAUUUGAAACUCCUGUUGCACCAUUAGAUCCAAGCAAGUGGCAACACUUUCCUGUUGAAUGCCCAAUCACACUCAGUGUUGGUUUAGAAAGUAACAACAAUUGUGUAAUCGAGGUUUCAUGGAAUGCAAGAACUCUAGAUAUGGCGAGAAUCAACUUACUCCAUAGUGCUCGAGUGAUACAAUUCACUGCAAGAUCGCCUACUAUUUCAUGCAAAUAUAUGGUUUGGAAAAACUCAGUGCCAUGUGUAAAGCGGUUUCAAGUUACUCUGAGCAGCGGCGAUGAUUUUAGGAAUCUUCACUCAGUCCUUACUGCCAUCCACUUGGUUGUGAAACCUGCUCGACCUGCUAUGUCCCAGCCCUCUCCUUCCUCUCAAAUACAACCUUCGCAAUCACAACAAGCUCUUCCUGGUCGUACUAACGAUCUGGCGUAUAGGUUACAAAAUGCUCCUUACGGGACCUCGGCGGCUACCAACAAUAGUGUGGCAACUCUGACCGGAAACCCCAUUUUAGACAGGAAGUAUUUGAGUCAAUCUACGCACCUGGAACCCGGUUAUCUAUUAAACUCACAAAUUGCCCCAGAUAAUUUCUUACAGUCUUUGCCGGCGCAAGCGCAAUUUCCAGUAAGAGUUAACGAUCUGAUGAAACGGAAUGAGACCCGUCAUCCGAACAUAACACCUGUACUACCAUGUCCAAAGUCCAAAGCUCAACAUGCUCGCUCUCCACUCAGUGAUUCUUCACUGGGACGUGUAAUGGCAAUCCAGCAAGAAAGGCUGCCUCUUCAACCAACUGCGAGCACGAUAGCCCCAAACCAGCAUUUGAGCGAAGGAGUGGAAGUUACUUUGGAAGACGUGCAGUUAGCUGAGUGUCGGGAGAGACCUCUGCAGACCAAUAGCGUCGACCAAUUUGUCGCACACUUGGGAUUGAAGGGUUAUGCGAUGCCACAAGCACAUACAAUGGCAGGAAGUGAAGUGGAACUGGCGCAAGAACCCGAACUCGCAAAGAUUCACAAAACAUCUUCAUUGAUUACUUCAAUUGCUCCUGAAGAACGUAACGUUCCGAAAGAAAUAAACUGUGAUAAAUUAAUUCAAAAUAAUGUUUUGGUCAAGACAAACAACAUUUCUUUAGAAAAAGAUAUUAAUCAGGAAAAAACAGUAGAAUCAUCUAUUGACAUACAUAAACAAGGUGACACAGGCAAGAAGAAAACGAAAUGCGAUCUAACUGAUAUCAGAAGUGCAGCCGUCUCUUCAUCAAAAAUUAGGGUAUCUAGACGCCUGAUAAAGGAAAAGUUAAAGGAUGAAAGUUUGAUGAAAUGGGUGAUGAAAGUUGAAGAAACUUUACAGGGAAUGACAGCCGAAUCUAAACAUAACCUUUAA